AUGGUAGAUUAUCACGCCGCCAACAACCAGUCUGCCGGCGGGGCGCAGACCUACAUGGAGCAGGAGAACGACUGGGACCGGGACCUGCUGCUGGACCCGGCCUGGGAGAAGCAGCAGCGGAAGACAUUCACGGCGUGGUGCAACUCCCACCUGAGGAAAGCCGGGACGCAGAUCGAAAACAUCGAGGAAGACUUCAGGGAUGGACUCAAACUGAUGCUGCUGCUGGAGGUCAUCUCAGGCGAGCGGUUACCAAAGCCGGAGCGAGGCAAGAUGAGGGUCCACAAGAUCAACAACGUGAACAAAGCGCUGGACUUCAUCGCCAGCAAGGGAGUCAAGCUGGUGUCCAUCGGAGCCGAGGAAAUCGUUGAUGGGAACGCCAAGAUGACACUGGGAAUGAUCUGGACCAUCAUCCUCCGCUUCGCCAUCCAGGACAUCUCUGUUGAAGAGACCUCUGCUAAGGAGGGUCUCCUCCUGUGGUGCCAGAGGAAGACGGCUCCUUACAAGAACGUCAACGUGCAAAACUUCCACAUCAGCUGGAAGGACGGCCUCGCCUUCAACGCUCUGAUCCACAGACACAGACCCGACCUCAUCGACUACGAUAGCCUCAGAAAGGACGACCCCGUCACUAACCUGAACAAUGCCUUCGAGGUGGCUGAGAAGCACCUGGACAUCCCCAAAAUGUUGGACGCUGAAGACAUUGUGAACACCGCUCGUCCCGAUGAGAAAGCCAUAAUGACCUAUGUGUCCAGUUUCUACCAUGCCUUCUCUGGAGCACAGAAGGCCGAGACUGCCGCUAAUCGCAUCUGCAAAGUGCUGGCUGUCAACCAGGAGAAUGAACAAAUGAUGGAGGAUUACGAGAAGCUCGCCAGCGACCUGCUAGAGUGGAUUCGUCGGACGAUCCCUUGGCUGGAGAACCGAACCCAGGAGAAAACCGUGAAAGACCUGCAGGCCAAACAGGAGGACUUCAGAGAUUACCGCACAGUUCACAAACCACCCAAGGUCCAGGAAAAGUGUCAGCUGGAGAUCAGCUUCAACACUCUGCAGACCAAACUGAGACUGAGCAACAGACCUGCCUUCAUGCCGUCAGAAGGACGCAUGGUGUCCGACAUUAACACGGCGUGGCACACCCUGGAGGGAGCGGAGAAGGGAUACGAGGAGUGGAUCCUGAGCGAGAUCAGGCGUCUGGAGAGACUCGAGCAUCUGGCUGAGAAGUUCCACCAGAAAGCCGCCAUCCAUGAAUCCUGGACUGACGGUAAGGAGGCCAUGUUGACCCAGAAAGACUACGAGACCUCCACUCUGUCAGAGGUGAAAGCGUUGCUACGGAAACACGAGGCCUUCGAGAGCGACCUGGCGGCCCACCAGGACCGAGUGGAGCAGAUCGCCGCCAUCGCUCAGGAGCUCAAUGAACUGGACUAUUACGACGCUGCCAGCGUCAACACUCGCUGCCAGAAGAUCUGUGAACAGUGGGACAUCCUGGGAUCGCUCACCCACAGGCGCAAAGAGUCACUGGAGAGAACGGAGAAGCAGCUGGAGUCGAUAGAUGAGCUCUACCUGGAGUACGCCAAGAGGGCGGCGCCGUUCAACAACUGGAUGGAGGGCGCCAUGGAGGACCUGCAGGACAUGUUCAUCGUUCACAACAUCGAGGAGAUCCAGGGUCUGAUCUCGGCCCAUGAGCAGUUCAAGUCCACGCUGCCGGAGGCCAACAAGGAGCGUGAGGCCAUUCAGGCCAUCCAGGCCGAGGUGCAGAGGAUCGCCCAGAGCAACGGCAUCAAGCUGAGCAGCGCCAACCCCUACACCACCAUCACGCCCCAGAGCAUCGAUAGCAAGUGGGAGAAGGCCAUGGCCAUGGUGCCGCAGCGCGACAACGCCCUGCAGCACGAGCUGAACAAACAGAACUCCAACGACUCGCUGAGAGCCACGUUCGCCGCCCAGGCCAACUCAGUCGGCGCCUACAUCCAGGCCAAGAUGGAGGAAAUCGGCAGGAUAUCCAUCGAGAUGAACGGCACCCUGGAGGACCAGCUGACCAACUUGAAGGAGUACCAGAAGACCAUCCUGUCCUACAUGCCGGAGAUCAACAAGCUGGAGGCACACCACCAGCACAUCCAGGAGGCGCUGAUCUUUGACAACCAGUACACGUCCUAUACCAUGGAGCACCUCCGUGUGGGCUGGGAGCAGCUGCUCACCACCAUCGCCAGAACCAUCAACGAGGUGGAGAACCAGAUCCUGACACGCGACGCCAAAGGCAUCAGCCAGGAGCAGCUGUACGAGUACCGCGCCUCCUUCAACCACUUUGACAAGGAUCACAGUGGGGGCCUGAAGGCGGAGGAGUUCAAGGCCUGUCUGAUCAGUCUGGGCUACGAUGUGGAGAACGACAAGCAGGGCGACGGGGAGUUCAACCGCAUCAUGGGCAUCGUAGAUCCCAACAGCACCGGCGUCGUGACCUUCCAGGCCUUCAUCGACUUCAUGUCCAGGGAAACGACCGACACCGACACGGCCGACCAGGUCAUCGCCUCCUUCAAGAUCCUGGCUGGAGACAAGAACUUCAUCACGGCAGACGAGCUGCGGAGGGAGCUGCCGCCGGACCAGGCCGAGUACUGCAUCGCCCGCAUGGCGCCGUACGCGGGGCCCGACGGCGUCCCCGGCGCCCUGGACUACAUGUCGUUCUCCACGGCCCUGUAUGGAGAGAGCGACCUGUAGAGGUGGAGGCGGCUCGGCCCGGGGGGUCCAGGGUUUCUGUGAGCUGCCCCUGGAUGUGCCCGUUUGAUUCAAAGAAUAUUUGUCCGACCCGUGGCUUGUUGAUUCAACCUGAAGGUUUAGAACAGGCACAUCCAGGGGCAGCACUUCCUGAAUUCACCCCGUUUGGUUUUUGUUUUGUUUUGUGGGUCAAACUGGGGUGGGGGGGGCAGCAUUCUGGACUGGUGGGGAAUCACACAAGCUAAUCUGAUACUUAUGCUAAUUUUGUUUAUUUUAUUAUAAUUUGUUUCUUCUUGCCAGGUGGGAGGGGUCGGGGGGUCAAAGGUCAGGGUCUCCUACAGCAGCUGGCAAGGUCUGUGUAUUAGAUCCUAGAGAGAUAUAUGCUGGGGGGGGGGCUCUUUCUCUCCUCCCAGAGCCGGUUGUUUAUUUCCAGGCGGCGGGGUGGGGGGUUCCCCCAGUGGCUCGGCGACUCUGGCGGCUUCCUGCUCGCUCAUCCGAACAAAUACUCAAAUUUAUCUCUGAAAUUCCCUGUAUUUCGAGAAGACGUCCUCCGUCCCGCUCCUCCCUUCCCAGAGGAGGGGUGUACUUAUUUAAACGCUCCCAUCAUGUCAAACCACAACCAAAUUAAGAAAAAAACAGAAACUAUGCAAUCAUGUUCUGACCGACCUCGAGUUCUCGCUCGGGUAAUUAGAGUAACAUCCGCCACUAACGAGGGAGGAGGGGGAGGCGGACGAAACGGCCCCUUUUCUUUCCCCCGUUAGGUUGAAGAGAAAUAAACUCUGAAAUGGUGAUUAUUUUUUUUCCUUUUUUUGUACUCUUUAAUAUCAAACCUUAUCUGCUGUACUGGAAACUGCAACGCCUUCUGUCUAAUGAUACAUGACUUUCACAAAGCACACAUAAAAAGUUUCCUUACAAAA